GCACCUUGGCCUACCUCCCGCGUUUGCAGUUGUGGUUUAUUUUUGGCCGGCCAGCCUUCCAUCACCAAGUACCAAGUCCCAGGAGAGGAGAAAGAUAGCAACUCCAACCACAAGUGUCUGCUCAGGACACAGCUUCAGUCCUUCGUGGUCCCGUCUCCUGAGGGCUCCAGGACCUCGGAACUCUUGUCACUUUCAUUCAAGAGCCUACCAGGACGUAACGAGGCCCUUGGAAUCCCCCUGAGACCCACCUGAGCAUGACCCGGGAUGAGGCCCUCCCUGACUCCCAUUCUGCACAGAGCUUCUAUGAGCACUAUGAACCCAAGGAGAUCUUGGGCAGGGGAGUCAGCAGCGUGGUCAGGCGCUGUAUCCACAAACCUACAUGCCAAGAAUAUGCAGUAAAAAUCAUCGACAUCACAGGCGGAGGCAGCUUCAGCCCUGAGGAGGUGCAGGAGCUCCGGGAAGCCACACUGAAGGAGGUGGACAUCCUGCAGAAGGUCUCGGGACACCCCAACAUCAUACAGCUGAAGGACACUUACGAGACCAACACUUUCUUCUUCUUGGUAUUUGACCUGAUGAAGAGAGGGGAACUCUUUGACUACCUCACUGAGAAGGUCACCUUGACUGAGAAGGAAACCAGAAAGAUCAUGCGGGCCCUGCUGGAGGUAAUCAGCACCCUGCACAAACUCAACAUUGUCCAUCGGGACCUGAAGCCGGAGAACAUCCUUCUAGAUGAUGACAUGAACAUCAAGCUCACAGACUUCGGGUUUUCCUGCCAGCUGCAGCCAGGAGAGAGGCUCCGAGAGGUCUGCGGGACUCCUAGUUAUCUGGCCCCUGAAAUCAUCCAGUGUUCCAUGGACGACAGCCAUCCUGGCUACGGGAAGGAGGUGGACAUGUGGAGCACGGGGGUCAUCAUGUACACAUUGCUGGCUGGCUCCCCGCCCUUCUGGCACCGGAAGCAGAUGCUGAUGCUAAGGAUGAUCAUGGAUGGCAAAUACCAGUUUGGCUCGCCAGAAUGGGAUGACUACUCAGACACAGUGAAAGACUUGGUGUCUCGCUUCUUGGUGGUGAAACCCCAGGACCGCUGCUCAGCAGAGGAGGCCUUGGCUCACCCUUUCUUCCAGCAGUACGUUGUGGAGGAAGUGCGACACUUCAGUCCCCGGGGCAAGUUCAAGGUGAUCUGUCUAACCGUGCUGGCCUCGGUAAAGAUCUACUACCAGUACCGUCGGGUGAAGCCCGUAACCAGGGAGAUCGUCAUCCGGGACCCCUACGCCCUGAGGCCCCUACGGAGGCUCAUCGACGCCUACGCUUUCCGAAUAUACGGCCACUGGGUGAAGAAAGGGCAGCAGCAGAAUCGGGCUGCCCUCUUCGAGAACACACCCAAGGCAGUGCUCCUCUCCUUGGCCGAGGAGGAGGACUUCUGAGGGGUGGCGGGCCACAGGGGGAGGCAGACAGCAGAC